AUGCACAGUUCGACACCAAAGCUGUCCUCGAACAACGGGAUGCAAAAAACAAUGGAGGCCACCUCUAAAGAAUGUCCGUCGUCUGACGCGGAGAUUUUCAACUUCACCAGGGGCCGAUUCGUCACAAAUGAGAGGGACGAGCUGUCAAAACGCCACCGUACAUUCAACGUCAGCGAACUCGCACGGCAGGCAGCCCACGCCGUACAGGCGGACGCCUGCAUCGACAUCAAGAAGUACCCGGAUGGCAUGUAUAAUCGAGUCCUGCUCCUCUCCAUGGACAAUGGCAAAGAAGUUGUCGCCAAAAUCCCCAAUCCCAACUCUGGUCAGCCUCACUUCACCACUGCGAGUGAAGUUGCAACGAUGGAAUUCGCUCGCGAGGUACUUGGCACCCCAGUGCCCAAAGUAUAUGCUUGGAGCUCAAGAGCGCAGGAGACUCUUGUUGGUGCCGAGUUCAUUCUGAUGGAGAAGAUGAACGGCAUGGAGCUCGAUCACUUCCUGCCAGGAAUGAAAAUUCAAGACAGGCUGGAAGUCGUGAAAUCCAUCGCUGCACAGCAGAAAUCAUGGGCGUCUGUCUCGUUUGAGCAGUUCGGAAGUCUCUACUUCCGCGAAGACGCCGGUGGGUCAGCUCAGUCGCCAUUGACUUAUAUCGAUCAUGAGGGCCGCAAAGUGAGUGACGCAAGGUUUGUCGUUGGGCCCUCGACAGGGCGUGAAAUGUUCGACGAUGGCAGAGCCGAAAUUGAAUUUGAUCGGGGUCCAUGGAGCUCGCUAGAAGCUUACCAUGCUGCUAUUGGGAAAAGAGAGAUGGCUUGUAUACAGCACAUCCCGCAACUGCCGCAAUCCCCCGUGUCUUUACAUGGCCCUGGUCUAUAUCAGCCGACACGCGAGAAAAAAUUAAAGGCCCUCGAAACUUACUUCCAGUUGUUCAAACAUCUUCUGCCCACCGAUCGCUGCUUACGAUCGGCACACCUCUGGCACGGGGACCUUCACGCGGGCAACAUCUUUGUGGAUCCCGCCAAUCCCACCCAGAUCGUGGGACUUAUCGAUUGGCAAUCCACAGAGCUAUCUCCUCUGUACUUCCAGGCUCGCCAGCCUCAUUUCAUAGACCACGAAGGGCCCAUCAUGCAUGGCCUCGAGCGUCCCACUCUACCGCCAGACUUUGCACAGCUUGGCACCAGCGAGCAAAGAGCAGCCCAGAACUUGUUCCUUCACCAAUCGCUCUGCGCAUUGUACAGAACGAGUCCCCAGCACACGCGCUUCUUCUCCUCGCACGCAACAUACUCAUCGACGGAGAAGCAUCGUACAUGGCGCAAGCGUGGGGGCUGA